AUGGUUUUGGCGUCUCUUCGUGUGCUCGUCUGCGGGACGGACGUUCAACUUGUUGAAAACGCGUUCGGCACUUCAGUGGAAAACGCCAACCACGCGUGGAACCGGCGGUACAGCAUCUCCUGCACGUCCGCGUCAGGGGUCGACCAUGUGGACACUCGCCUGUUGUCCAUGUGCCAUUUGGUGGUGCUCACGCGGGGCGCCACCUCACCGCCGACGGCCUUAUCGUACUCGAGCAAACCUACCGUUUCGCUUGACGGCGCUCCAGAGGCUGCGCUCCGCAUUGUGAAGGAUUGUGACUUCUAUUACGGCAUGUACUCGACAUCAGAUUUGCGCUCCGUCAUCGUCAAUAUUGGUCUCGCUCCACCGCACGUUAUAUGGGAUACGACCUUCCACUCCCUGACACACACCGGCCUUUUAGCCCUCCGUCGCGCCUUUUGGCUCCUUGACAAGGAUGGUGACGGUGUGCUGAAUGAAGAGGAGCUCCUUACAUGGCAGCGAUCUGUCACCUCGGCUUCAUUUUCGACAGCCGACCUUUCUGAGAUGUUGGCCAGCGAAUCUUUAGAGGCGGCACCCAUGCGUGUUGACUGUGAACGCUUCAUGAUCAUUCAAGAGGAGCACCUGCGGAAGGGUGAUGCUGUGCGGGUGUGGGCAACGCUCUUCAUCACUGGAUUGCACCCCGAUGGGCUCCCCUACUCAUGGCAGGAUCUGCAUGCAAUUCGUGUAAGCAAGGUGAGAAACACCUAUCUUUCCCACACUGCCAUUCAGUUUUUCCGAAACCUCUACAGGCUACACCGGUUUCAAGACCUUGAUGACAUGUGGGAUGUUACUCCUGGGUGCCCAUGGAAGCACAUCAACGGCUUCCUUGUGGCUCGGAUACCACUGGACAAGUUCAUCGAAUACUGGAAGUACAUGGCCUUGGUGAAACGGGACAUUGUUGUGCAGUAUGCACGGUACUGGGGGUACAAGGGGGAUACCAGUCUGCUCUUUAUGCUGCGGAAUGCGCGGCCCUACCGUGAGGUGGGUGAAACGGUCCCCAACACGAUCCAGGUACUCGUCCUUGGUGCCCCUGGGUGUGGGCGAAGAAGCCUGAUGUUUACCUUGACUGCGGGGGAUGAGGAAUUUCGCGAAGAGGGGAGAGCGUCACAUGAGACGUAUGUCCGGACUACGACUUUCUUUGUGAGGAAUGGCGAGGAGGAGGUUCCACAGACGGUAGUGUACGCUACGGUGCCCAUUGAGAGCGUAGCGGAAGUGCUUGGGAACGAGGCUCUUGAGAAGCAGGUGGAUGUCGUGCUGUUGUGCUACGAUGGAACCCGUGUGGCAGAGACGACGCCGCCCAUCAUGCACGCAUAUCGUGAGUCAACAUCAUCACCGCUGCGAUGCCGCAAGUUACCUUUUAUUGUUGUCAUGACAAAGGCUGAAUCCCCCGCGACGACUGACACCUCUGCGGAAGCCAGUCGUCUGAUGGAGCAGUUCUGCCGGCAGCACCAACUGUUGUGGCCCCCAGUAGUGACAAGCGUGGAGAACCCCGAGGACUCGGAGGUCGUCACACUCAAUGAGUACAUGCAUGCUGUGGCAAAGGAACCAGAUAUCGCCGUUGGCAAUCCACCCGUCACGACCGUGCGCAUGAUCAGGCGCGCAGCGAUUGUGGCGAUGGUUGGCAUCGUGGUGGGAGGUGUAGUCCGAUUUGUUGUGCGGCGUGCCCGCAGGACAGCUCGAUAG